AUGGAUCCUCUUUUUAUCAGUCUGCCACCACGCUUUUAUUCUCUCGCAAAUGGUGAAGAGAUAAAGAUUCGGUAUCUUAAUGACCGUUUGCAGCGUUGUAGUGAAUGGUGUGAAGUGCGAAAAAGAAUUCAGACUGAUGGCGCAUAUCUUGUACCUGGUAUUAUGGAAAUAGCAGCUGAUCCAUCAUCUUCUAUUAUUUUUCUUGCUAUUAGAAACAUGGAGUAUAUGGGAACUGGUAUAAUAGGCUUUGUUGUUGUUAACACCAGUUUUAUUUUAACUCGAAAAGUUGUUGGCAUUACUUGGAUAUCUGUCUUUGGUAGCUUUAAAAAUCUUCAUGUGGGACGUUCUUUGCUUCAACAUGUAGAAGCUUUUUGCCGAGCUAAUAGGGUAGAAUUAAUGGAAGUUAUGUACAGCAAUAAUUCCACAACGUUGUUUAGUCGAUUCGGUUUUCGUGUUACAACUCAUCCUCGUAUUUUCAGGAAUAAAGCUGAACAGAAAAAAAUAGUUCUAUAUCGGAUACCACCUGUGCCGUGCUGUCUCAACAGUGGAGCCGUAAGGAUCCGUUAUGCUAUUCCUGAGGACAAAAAACAAUGGAUAUUUUGCAUGUUAGAGGCAUGCGGAUAUAAUUUUGGUGGUUGUGAUAUGCUGCACAGAGUAUUAGAUGCUCAAUUUCGUAUAUCUGCAUGUGAAGAAAAGACUGGUCGUAUUGUGGGGACUCUAUCCAUGGAUGCUAGUGGAUGGAUUCUGUUUAUUGCAUGUGUAGAGGAGUAUCGUGGACGGGGACUAGGUUCAUUUUUAUUGUUUCUUGCUAUAGAGUGGCUACGGUUACGAGGUGUAAAAUCUGUUUCGUUAUCUCCUUUAAAUAAACAGGUUAUUGGUUUUUACAGGCGUUGGUUCUUCGAUGUGGAUAAAUAUGCUAGAGUUAAGAGAAAACGAAAUUCCGAAGAUCAUAUUAUACUCAGUCGAGAAAUUUUAUUGGGUGAAUCUUAUCUGCCAGAUGGGCAUUCGCUUGAAGAAUAUUUAUCACCCCCCAGUAACACAUCCCAACAGGGGUGA